AUGGUGCGGCGAGCGCGGAUGGUGGAGAGCGAGCUCAUGUGGAGGCUGUGGCCGCGACUACCUCGCGAUACACGCAAGUGUCGAGACGACGAGGCCUUCACCUGGAUCGACAACGUCAUCACGAGAGGCUCGACCUGUGCCCGGUGCUGGGAGAAGGGACAUGACUACAAAGCGUGCCCUUAUAUCCCGUGCGACUGCAGCAGGAUGGUCGGGUUUCCCAAUCAAAAGUUUCCGCUACUUACGGCGUUGGCGGAUGCGGUGGUGGAGAUGCCGGAUGCGGAGAUCUUGGCUGCGAGGCCGAAGAAGGCGCUGAAGAAGCGGCGCUGA